ACACACACACACACACUCUGUGACUUCCCCCACCGUCUCCUUCACUCUCCCGCCUUCCCGUUCCCAUGAAUGCAGCACUUCCUAAACUCUUCACGUUUCUCCUCUUCUUCUGCAUGUGAGACGGAGGACGAUUCUCUGUAGCAGGAAGGAAGGGAGGAAGGAAGGGGCGGGAGAGCGCUGGCCAGCCGGGAACACGCCAUGGGAAGCUCACAUCUCCUCAACAAAGGCAUGCCUCUAGGCAUCAGACCUCCCAUCAUGAACGGGCCGAUGCACCCGCGCCCCCUGGUGGCGCUGCUGGACGGCAGAGACUGCACCGUGGAGAUGCCCAUCCUGAAGGACGUCGCAACCGUGGCGUUCUGCGACGCUCAGUCCACACAGGAGAUCCACGAGAAGGUGCUAAACGAAGCUGUGGGGGCGUUGAUGUACCACACCAUCACCCUGAUGAGGGAAGACCUGGAGAAGUUCAAGGCGUUGCGCAUCAUCGUUCGCAUAGGCAGCGGCUACGACAACAUAGACAUCAAAUCCGCCGGGGAGCUUGGUAUAGCUGUGUGCAACAUGCCGGCAGCAUCGGUGGAGGAGACGGCAGACUCCACGCUGUGCCACAUCCUCACCCUGUACCGACGCACCACCUGGCUGCACCAGGCUCUCCGGGAAGGGACGCGUGUUCAGAGCGUGGAGCAGAUCCGAGAGGUGGCGUCAGGCGCGGCCAGGAUCAGAGGAGAGACGCUGGGACUCAUUGGGCUCGGCCGGGUCGGCCAGGCCGUCGCCCUGCGAGCCAAGGUCUUCGGCUUCAACGUGAUUUUCUACGACCCUUAUUUGGCCGACGGCGUAGAAAGGUCCCUGGGGCUCCAACGGGUCACCACCCUACAGGACCUUCUCUUCCACUCUGACUGUGUCUCUCUGCACUGCAGCCUCAACGAGCACAACCACCACCUGAUCAACGACUUCACCAUCAAACAGAUGCGGCAGGGGGCGUUCCUGGUGAACACAGCCAGGGGGGGCCUGGUGGAUGAAAAGGCUCUGGCUCAGGCUCUGAAGGAGGGCAGGAUACGCGGGGCGGCUCUGGACGUCCAUGAGACAGAACCUUUCAGCUUCAGUCAGGGUCCACUGAAGGAUGCUCCCAACCUGAUCUGCACGCCGCACGCUGCCUGGUACAGCGAACAGGCAUCACUGGAGAUGAGAGAAGAGGCGGCGAGGGAAAUCCGGAGGGCAGUGACAGGUCGGAUCCCAGACAGUCUGAAGAAUUGCGUGAAUAAAGAGUUUCUCUCACCCAACAACCACUGGGCCGUCGACCCGGCUGCGGUCCACCCUGAGCUCAACGGCGCCUACAGGUACCCCCCCGGGGUGGUGAGCUUGCCGGCCGGUGGCCUCCCUCCGCCCGUCGAAGGCAUCGUCCCGAGCGCCGUGCCCAUCACGCACACCCUCCCGCCCGCUGCCGCACACCCGCCCCACGCGCCGUCUCCCGGACAGAACACGGUGAAGCCACCAGAGGGGGACAGAGAGCAGCACCCCAGCGACCAGCUGUAGCCCUUCUGCACGCCGACCGCCGUUCAGGUUCCACCUGCUUCCCAACAGACAGGUCUCACUCCCAGCCGGAGCAGGACUGACGCUUUACUCAACAACCCAGAAAGUUCCUCUAAACCAACAUCUGAUCGUUGGUGCCUCAACAGAAAAAAAUCAUAACAAGUUUAAAUUGAUUUGGGGAAAAAAGAAUUAAGAAAAUUGUUAGGCUGUUGGUGUCCAAAGUUAGAGGUUUUCAUGUGUUCUGUGUCUUUUCCUUAGUUUGAUGUGACAUCGAAGUUAUUGGGUUAGAAAUGAAUGUAACCUGCCUGUGAACAGAUUUUAGAACAUGAUGAUAUUCGUAUUCCAGUCUUAACAAAAACUGGUUUAAAGAUACAAUAUCUCAUUUUCUUUUUAUUUGUCCCUAAAUUAGCAAGGCCCCAAAAAAGAGGCAGCAUUUUGCACACCAUCUCAGGAACCUACGUUUCUGCAGGUGGUAAUCUAGUUUUUUCUAGCAUUUUUCUUUUCUAAAUAGUUUUUAUGCCACUCAGUGCUUUUGUUUUUCUACCUGCUUGCCUUUCCGUGUCCCGUUGCGUUAGAAAAGAACAACUUUAGUGAGAUAUAAAGUUGAUCUAAUGCUUGUUUCUGUUGGUUUUGUUUAAGGAGCAUGUCACUUUGCUCUGGGAUUGUGUAAAUGUUCGAACCGAAGGUGUAAUGGGAGGAACGUUUAGGAGAGGUGGUGAAAUGGUAAACAUGCUGGGACCUGCUGAUUCUGACGUUUUCAUUCAUGAGCUGACGAGGCGACAGACUGAGACACAUUAAAAACAUGGUUUAUUUUUAAUAAUUCACCUAUUCUGGCUGCAAUGUCUGCUCCUGUUCUGACCAGCAUUGUAACUUUGAUAAAGGAAUGACAUUUGUGUCGACCAGAAUGACCAACACUAUGCUAGGCUACGUUCACACAGCAGGCAGAUGUGACCCAACUCAGAUCCUUUCACCCCCAAAAUACAAUUUGUUCCACUUACACAUGUGGAUAAAUCUUUACUGCCGUAAGCAGAGCUCCGCGGCGGCCAUCUUUACUGCCGUAAGCAGAGCUCCGCGGCGGCCAUCUUUACUGCCGUAAGCAGAGCUCCGCGGCGGCCAUCUUUACUGCCGUAAGCAGAGUGCCGCGGCGGCCAUCUUUACUGCCGUAAACAGAGCUCCGCGGCGGCCAUCUUUACUGCCGUAAACAGAGCUCCGCGGCGGCCAUCUUUACUGCCGUAAACAGAGCUCCGCGGCGGCCAUCUUUACUGCUGUAAGCAGAGCGAUGCUGGGCGACAUCUGUCUUCUUCUGCGCAUUUGGAUUAUCAUGCGCAAAAAGAGUCUGACUUUGGUCACUUUUAAUUAGUAGAAUGAAUAAUCAUGCAAAAAAACGUCAGAUUUGAGCAUUGAGACCUGCUGAGAAAACGUAGCCGUGGCGAUCUGUUCAGGUCUCAUUUUUUUCCACAUAAUGGAGCCAUGUUUUACCCCUGAGGGUUUAACUCCAUCACAAAUCAAACUCUGAAUCAGUUUCCACACAACAACACUUAGCUUAGCUUUAACUUUCACUACAAGCUAAUAAAGAUAAAGGUAGAACACUCAGAUGAAGGCGAACGUUCUUCAUUUGGCUCAGACACAAAGAGAAAAACACAGAGCCAAAGCUGCAGCUUGAAGAGAGCUGAUACUCUUAACUUUUGUAGAUGUGAAACGUGCUAUAAAAGAAAGCUUUUUUGCUAUUUGAUUGACUUUAUGCUCACAAACAACUCCUUCUCCAGCUUUCUGUCCUAGCUGCGUCAUGAACAGCAUUUCGUUUUCUCUCUUUAGCUUUCAGUUGGUUUUUCUCUUGAAUUCAGAAGCAGAAAAUGUUACAAACAAUGAAACUUUUUCUGAGGAAUAAAAUCUGCCUUCUUGGCUCGUUUACAUCUUCACCCCACACCUAGCUUAGCAUAUUCGCCUUAAAUAGUUUGGUUUUCUGUUACAACAGAAAACAACAUCCUCCAUAUAUGGAAGUGCUUCCUGUUUUACACAAAGGGGUAGGUGUCGUUUUUUAAAUUACUUUUUAUGAACAGAAAAGGCCAGUUGUGAUUUAUUUCAUGUCUUUUAUUUUGUAUUUUCGGGUUUCCUGGCUCUAAACCUUUACUCUGUUAUGCACUUUAAGUUGAUUCCUCCACCUUCGGGUCCUGGGACGGUUACGACAGUAAAAACGGUUAAACUUGGGUAAAGAUGAGACUCAGAUGAUCUCUGAAGAUUGUUUUAACGUCUCGAGAAGAAACGCCUCCCGCUUUCCACAAACAGACAUGAGCACAGAGAAGCGGCGGCGUUUCCCCCGAGCGGCCUGAGAUUUCCUGGAGUCCCUUCAACAUCAAGCCGGGCCCUUCCCGUUGCUACCAUUUAACCACCUGCUCUCUUCAUGUGUACAUACAGUGUUCUGCUUGCCUGUGUCAAUGUGACUUGAUUGUUUCUGUGUCUAAAAGCAGCGCCAGUAGGUGGAGCAGUAAAUUACCCAGAAGUCCUUUCUGCUCCCCCUACCUGCAGCUGCGUAGUAAAAGCCGUUUCCUGUUGCCUACCUGGUCUUCUUCAUGGUGAGGCAGCGAUCAGGGAUGGACAUUCCCACCGCAGGGCGUUUCAGGCAAAAAUGUUUGAUUACGAGAAUAAAGUCAAAAUAAUGUAAGAAUAAAACAGAAAGUAGAAAUAAUAUGAGAAUAAAACUGCAUGUCAGUCAUAAUAGAAUAAAACCAAUAAAAUUAGGAGACUAAAGUCAUUAAAUGAAGUUAUAAUAUAAACAGAAUAAAGAAGCUAUUUUACCUCAAAAAGGAUUAAAAACAAGAGGAAACCUGAGAAUCUUAUACUUUAUUAUAAGGAAUAAGGAAAAACUUCAUUUUUAACACAUCAGCAUGAAAUUAUUAUCAGUGGCUGAACUGAGUUUCGAAGACAGAAGAUUUUAAUAACUAUCAAAGUUUUGCCUAAAAACUUUCCAUCUUUCUUCUGGUAUUUUUGUGUCUUUGUUCUCAUAAAAUUCUGACUUUAUCCUCGUAAUUCUGAAUAAAAUGAUCAAAUCUGGUCGUCUGGCUGUAGCAACGCGCCGCCGCAGACCGAAGGUUCUGGGCUGAUAUUCUGGCUCGGUUCUGGUUCUUCCAACCCAAACUGCAAACAUUCCUGGUCCAAACUGACGGAUCCGGCGGUUCCCCUGAAACGCCAUCCCUGGCGGGAGCGCCCCCUGCUGCCGCCCUUCAUGGUGACGUAGUAGGCGUAGCAAUAUUCAGUACACACAUUGAUCUAUAUUCUACAGUAAAUAUCAUUAUUUUUGGUCAAACGAUGACAACUGAAAAAGAUGUUUGUGACUGUAUGCAUUUGUAUGAAUUAUUUUAAAAGGAAAUAAACUGUGGAAAGGUGA